AUGCUGCCUUACCUGUUCCCUGACCUGUCCACCUUUGCUACAGUCGCCGAUCUUAUCACCCACCUUCGCACUAGUGAUGCUCGCCUGCGUGCCGCCCUUCCCACCGAGUUCUGCGCUAAGAACCCCCCUCCCCUGUACUGGGCACUCCACUUCAUAGUCACCCGUCUCCCUGACACCCUCAGCUCAGUGCGCGACUAUUUCCUUGCUCGCUGUCCCACUGAGCUCACAGUCGCCCUCCUAGAGGAGAAGCUGCUAGCAGCCGAGAAGAGCAUUGUAGCUGUAGCUCGCGGCGCUCCUCGCACCCCCAUCUUUGAGGGGUGCUCUCCCUCUCCCCUCGCUCCCUCCUAUGCUACUGCUGCUGCUGUUAACUUCCUUGCUGCUGAGUCUGGCGCUGCUGCUUCUGCUCCUGGUGGGAGGCGCCGCACCGGCAAGGGCAAGGGGGGCAAGGGUGGCGGGGGUGGCGCUGGGGGGGGAGGGGGUGGGGGAGGUGGGGGGGGAGGCGGUGCUGGAGGGAGCGGUGGCUGGGGAGUGCUGCCGGGGAGUGGGGCCGGCGGCGGAGGCGGGGGCGGCGGCGGGAGCAGUGGCGGUGGUGGCAGCGGCGGCAGUGGCGGCGGUGGCGGUAGUGGCGGUGGCGGUGGCGGUGGUGGCGGUCGGAGCGGAGGUAGUGGCGGCGGUGGAGGUCGGAGUGGAGGCACCGGCUCGGGCCAGAGCUCCCAGCAGCAGCAGCGUCCCCAGUCGACCCAGCAGCUUCGUGAGUGGCUUGCUCAGCGUGGGACGUCGGGGGGCAGUGGCCGCUGUUCCUAUGUCAUUCGCACAGGUGAUCGCAAGGGGCAGACGUGUGGAAAGUUCCACACUCAGUACCGCUGCUUCUUCCGCCUUGACGACGCUUGGCGUGAGGAGAUGGGCGAGGAUGUUGAGCGCCCUCGCUGGGCUGAGCUGAUGAGGGCUGGUGUUGAUAUCUUUGCUCUUGACUAUGAUGCUAUUAUUGCUGCCAUAUAUGCAUUGACUGUUAGUGCCGAGGGAGACUGUUACUUGUGUGUGCCGCCUGACCCAGGUAUAGAGCCCGCUGCCCUAGGUACUAGUGAGUCUGCUCUCUCUGGUAUGGUGCCCCCUGUACCUGCUCCCUCCAGCACUGUCCCUGCUGCUUGCGAGUCUGCUCUCUCAGGUACAGCACCCACAGAGACUGCUCUCUCAGGUACUGCACCGGCUGAGGCCUGUCACACCUUCACCCUUGACUCAGGUGCUUCCCGCUGCUUCUUUCGAGACAGUACUGAGCUCACACCGCUUCCUGCACCGGUCCCAGUCUCCUUGGCUGACCCCUCUGGGGGCCCAGUCCUUGCCCAGUCCACCACUGUGCUCCCUUGUCCGGCGGUUCCGUCUGGCUCGUUGACGGGUUUCCACCUCCCCUCGUUCUCGACGAACCUGGUGAGCAACGCUGUCAUCCAGGAUCAGUGGGUUGACACCUUUACCCCUGGAGGACAGCGUGUGGCGAUCUGCACGUGCUCCAGGACCGGCCGUCACCUGGCUACGUUUACUCGUCGGCCGGGGUCGAGUCUCUACACACUGACCACUGCGUCUCCUCAGGUCGCUGCUGUCGGUCAGGUGUCCGCGUCAGGUCUGGUGGCCCACGCCUGUGAGUGUCGUUCCCUGUCGCACCAGACUCUUCUCUGGCACCACCGCCUGGGUCACCCCUCCUUGCCACGCCUCCGUGGCAUGCACCGUCGCCGCCUUGUGUCUGGUCUUCCCAGGUCCCUCCCUCCCCUCCCUUCCUCGCCUGCGCCGCCUUGCCUUCCUUGCGUCGAGGGGCGGCAGCGCGCCGCUCCUCACUCCUCCUCGUUCCCCCCGACAGAGGCUCCUCUGCAGACCCUCCACCUGGACGUGUGGGGCCCAGCCCGCGUUCGUGGCCAGGGCGGUGAGCGGUACUUUUUGCUGGUCGUCGACGACUACUCGCGUUACACCACGGUCUUCCCCUUGCGCACCAAGGGUGAGGUCCCUGCUGUUCUGAUCCCUUGGAUCCGCACAGUUCGUCUCCAGCUCCGCCGCCGUUUCCGGACGGAUCUUCCUGUCCUGCGUCUGCACUCUGACAGAGGUGGUGAGUUUUCCUCCGACCUCUUGAGGACCUUCUGUCAGGCGGAGGGCAUCGAGCAGACCUUCACGCUUCCGGACUCCCCACAGCAGAAUGGGGUUGCUGAGCGCCGCAUUGGCCUGGUCAUGGAGGUCGCUCGUACCUCCUUGGUCCACGCGGCGGCUCCCCAUUUUCUGUGGCCGUUUGCUGUCCGGUACGCCGCGCAUCAGCUCAACCUCUGGCCCCGUGUCUCCUUGCCGGAGACCUCGCCCACACUGCGUUGGACGGGGGAGGUUGGCGAUGCGUCGCGCUUCCGGGUGUGGGGUGCUCGUGCCCUUGUCCGCGAUACGUCCGCGGACAAGCUCUCCUCCCGCACGCUUCCCUGUGUCUUCCUUGGCUUUGUCCCUGACGCGCCGGGCUGGCAGUUUUACCACCCCACCUCGCGCCGGGUCUUCGCCUCUCAGGACGUCACCUUUGACGAGUCGGUUCCUUUUUACCGUCUCUUCCCCUACCGCACUGCCCCCCUCCCUCCCCCGCCGCUUUUCCUUGCUCCUGGUCCCCCUCCGGUAGACCCCCUUCCCCCUCAGGGUCCUGCUCCUUCAGGUGUCUCUCAGGUAGACCCUCCUCCCGUCACUGAGCCUGUCGAGGUCACAGGUGACUCAGGUGGUGCUGCUGGGAGUGCUGAGCCUGGGGGUGCUGAGCCUGCGGGUGCUGGGCCUGGGAGUACUGGGGCUGCGGGUGCUGGAGCUGAGGGUACUGUGCCUGGGAGUUCGGCGCCUGGGGGUGCUGAGCCUGGGGGUGCUGCGACUGGGGGUGCUGAGCCUGCGUGUGCGGAGUCUGGGGGUGCUGCGCCUGCGGGUACUGAGCCUGGGGGUGCUGCUACUGAGCCUACGGAGCCUCGGGUUGCUGCGUCUGGGGGUGCUCCGGUUCGGGGUGCUGAGCAGUCUCUCACGCCGCAGCAGCUUCGUGACUGGUACGUCCGGCGCUUUCGCCGUCCUAGUGACUCGGCUGGAGCUGGGGGUACUGGAGCUGCCGGGACUGGUUGUUCUGGGAGCACUACGACUGGAGCUGCUGGAGCUGGGGACUCUGGAGCUGGCGGUGCUAGCGGAGUUGUAGCUGCCGACUCUGGGGGUGCUCUUCCUAGCGGUGAUGUGGACCCUGGGGGUGGCGCUGCUGCUGGUGCUGCGGACCCACCUGGUGGAGCUGCUGCUGGUGCUGAGGACUCGGACGGUGGAGCUGCUGCUGGAGCUGAGGACCCGGCCGGUGGAGCUGCUGCUGGUGCUGUGGACCCGGACGCUGGAGCUCCUACUGGUGCUGAGGACCCGGCCGCUGGAGUCCCUUCUGCUUCUGGAGACGCUGCGCGGCCGCGACCGUACUUCGUACCGCUCCUUCAGCAGGUUCUUGGGCAGGCUCCUCCUCCUUGUCCUCCUCCCUCCGUAGAGUGUCCUCCGACUGUCCAGCCGCAGUCACAGUUACCGCCUGCCUCGCCUCUCCCUGCUCCCUCUCCUUAUACUGGUCCCACAGGAGGUCUUACAGAGCGUCGUGAGCCUGAGUCUCGUCCUGCGUCGCCUGUCCGUACUGCUCGCACUGGUCGUCGUGUCCGUCGUGAGCGUCCUCCUCCUGUCCCAGGCACUCACUACAUGACUCUGCGUCCGUCUACUGCUCCUCAGCGUGUCCCUCUGCCGUCUCCUCCUGCGUCCUCUUUGCCUGCUGUUCCGGACCCUGAGUCUGACCGGUAUCGUGCUGAGCACCCUACUGUCACGCGUCUCCUCGCUACUGUUGUCACUGACCCUACCUUUGAGUCCUCGGCUGCGUCUGCUCUGGUCGCUGAGUUGGUUGACUUUGCUGCUGCCUGUCGUCUAGACUACGCUGCUCGCCUUGUUGCUGGGUCUGAGUCUGCGUCUGUCUGUCCUCCGUCCGUCGGGGGUGAGUGUGCUCUUGGCACGGACGUCCUUGAGGACAGACAGGAGGACUUUGACUCUCUCGCGGCUGCUGUACCUCAUCUCGUGGCCUGGUUGCUUGCCCCUGAGGGAGACCCGGAUGCACUAGACAUCCCCACUCCGCGCACUUACGCAGAGGCGAUCUCGGGUCCCUACUCCUCUCAGUGGCAGACAGCCAUGGACGCAGAGAUGGCAUCCUGGAAGUCCACAGGCACCUACGUCGACGAGGUUCCCCCUCCUGGGGCGAACAUCGUCGAUGGCAUGUGGAUUUUCAGGGUGAAGCGGCCGCCAGGUUCUCCGCCUGUCUUCAAGGCUCGUUACGUUGCUAGAGGCUUCAGUCAGCGUCAGGGGGUCGACUUCUUCCAGACCUUCUCCCCCACCCCGAAGAUGACCACUCUUUGGGUUCUGCUGCACGUUGCUGCUCAGCGUGACUACGAGCUUCACUCUCUUGACUUCAGCACAGCGUUCCUGCAGGGCAGCCUGCACGAGGAGAUCUGGCUGCGUCGCCCACCUGGCUUUACUGAGACUACACUUGCGGCUCUUGGGUUCGCGCCGUCUACUGCUGACCCGUCGCUGUUUCUGCGCACAGACACGUCGCUGCCGCCGUUCUACAUUCUCGUGUACGUCGACGACUUGGUCUUUGCUACUGCUGACACUGAGGCACUCGCUCGUGUGAAGUCGGAGCUGCAGAAGAGACACACCUGCACUGACCUGGGUGAACUGCGUAGCUACCUUGGCUUGCAGAUCACCCGGGACAGAGCUCGCCGCACCAUCACCCUGACUCAGUCACACAUGGUGCAGCAGGUCCUUCAGCGCUUCGGCUUCCAGUUCUCCUCACCACAGGCCACACCUCUGGCUACCAGCCACUCGCUCUCAGCUCCACCUCCGGACGAGUCCGUAGAGCCGAGUGGCCCGUACCCAGAGCUUGUGGGCUGCCUCAUGUACCUGAUGACUUGCACGCGACCUGACCUCGCGUACCCUCUUAGCAUCCUUGCUCGUUACGUUGCGCCUGGGAGACACAGGCGAGAGCACUGGGAGGCUGCUAAGAGGGUGCUGCGCUACUUGUGCAGUACAUCAGGCAUGGGGCUGGUGCUUGGAGGACGCGACAGAGUUGUCCUCACUGGCCACUCGGACGCUUCUUGGGUGGACGACCUGGCUACGCAGCGGUCGUUACAGGGUUACACCUUCAGCCUUGGCUCUGGUUCUGUCUCGUGGCGGUCCACCCGCUCUUCUUCUGUUCUCGGCUCUAGUUGUGAGGCUGAGAUCUACGCCACAGCCAUGGCUGCCCAGGAGUUACGCUGGCUCACCUACCUGCUGACUGACUUGGGAGAGCGGCCUAGUUCUCCUCCAGUUCUGUACGGUGACAACAAGGCGGCCCUUGCCUUGUGUCAGGAGCACAGACUGGAGCACAGGACGAAGCACAUUGCUCUUCGCUACUUUCUUGCUCGAGAGCUGCAGCAGCGAGGUCAGCUUCGGCUUGUGUACGUGGACUCGAAGGCCAACACUGCUGAUAUCUUCACCAAGGCGCUCCCGCCUAGUGAUCAUCAGCGGCACUGUACUUCCUUAGGCCUUGUGUCCACAUUCCCUCAUUUGCUUACUGCUUGA